UGCCCAAUAAAUCCAAACCAGCUCCAGAGUAGAGUUUAGUGCGGAGCAGGACGUGCGACACCGGAUUUCUCUUCUCCCAGGGUCAUCAGUAGAUGCAAAACCACUGAGACUUUGAGGCACAAAUCCCCUUGGCUUUGCUUCAAAACCUCAGCCACAGCCAGAAUGUUUAAAAAACUCACCAAAUUCAUUGUAAAUCAAAUGGAUCCUAGCAAACAAUUGGAUCCUGUUGACAGCAUCGCAGACAAUGAGCACCUCAGGCCUCUCUGUCUACUGAUUAAAAAAAGAAAAUCAACCCGCAUAUUCCACCGAGCUCCCUACUACCAGCUGACAGGAUUCACACUGGAUGAUGUGCUGCUGCCUGGAGAAGAUGGUAAAAGCAUAGAGUCCAUCUAUCAAGAAUCCAGCCAAUUUCCUCUCACAAAAGUCAACACUGAUGAAGUUGAUGGAUGUCUCAAGAUUUCUUUUGGCCCUGCAAGUGUAGAGAUUAAAGGAGGUGCUUCCUUGUCCAAAGGGUUUUCUAUCAAGCCACAGAAGAAGAAUGUACCACUGCAAUCACUGGAGGCACUGAGAAGAGAAAGAGAGAACAACCAAGGCAUAGUGAUACCCAAGGGCUGCACACUGGCCUUCAGGACCAUCCCACUACACAUCAGAGAUGGAGCAUGGGAUCUGGAUUAUAUCAAAGGGGGAGCUAUGAGCAAUCAAGGUCGUGGAGCUGUGGAAAUUCAAGCUUAUGCAGAUGAUGGUCCCUCAGCAGGAAAAUUAGAAGAAGUGAGGAUAGAAGUUCGAUAUUCCUGCCGAAUUUUCCCCGAGUUGUCUCCUGACCUGCAGCUCAUCAUCUUAAUCACCAUCACAGCUGUGAUGAGAGACAAGAACCCG